UGGUCCACCCCAUCAAACUCGUGUUAUUAUUGAUAUUAAAGCAUGCGCAAGCGCAGUAUUGUAUGCUUAAGUUUAGCUGCGUGAGUAGAAUUUAAGCAGCGUUAGUGUGGCAUUUAUUCUCAUUCGGUUUCAAGUUGUUCAGAUAACAAGUUGCUUAAAAAAGUUUGAAGAAGGAAGCAAGACAGCUGAAAAUGGGGUCCGGAUCUAGUAAGGCGUGCGAAGCUGGAGCGGAGACGGUUUUGGCUGCCAUGGUGGCAUGGGCCGCAUCUUCAUCUAAUCCAUCGAUCCGUGGUGAGCUGCAAAGCUUAAACGCGGGAAUGUUGAAAACUGAUUCCGAGUCCAUUGUAAAGAAACUUGCCCAAACGUUGGCCACUGGCCCGGGUAAGAACAAAACUAGUAAAGGAAAAUCAAACGAAAAAGCCACUGGAAAGCAGUCAAAAGGCACCAAAUCAGAAAAGAAAACUCAAGGAUCUGGAACGGGAGAUCAGGCCAGCAAAGAAGGACGUAAAAAAUCCGAGUGUGCACCAGAUGAGUCCUCCGAUACGAGUGAUAUGUACACCAUACGCAGUUUGAGUUACCAUUUUAAGAAACGCAUGACUCGUAUUGUGCGUCUUGCCGCCAUGGGACAAUUUGUAUCCGAGCAAACUAGUGUUUUCAGGCAAGAGCUGCUGAUCGGUGGCCGUAGCCAGUUCCAAGAUCGAUCAAGCCAUAUUUCAGGAUAUCAUGCAGCUCACGUGGUGAGAGUAAAAAUCGACAGGCUCAAUGAGCAAUCUGAUUACUUUACAAUGUUGAAAAAUUUUCUUGGCCAUACACACCUUGUGGAAAGGUAUGCCAAUGUUUGGCAUGGUGUUGGUGGAAAGAUAGAUAGGAUCCAGAGUGGUUUUAUAAGAGAACUUAACGAAAUAAACUUCCAGGUAUCAUUAACUUUGCAAGUGCAAGACAUACUGGAACGAAUGAAGGCAGCCUUUUUGACGGUAUUUUUGAACGCAAUUUUCUCGGAGGAAUUAAAUGAAGAACAAUUAAAUGAUUUAACAGAUGUCGUGGAAACGCUGCAGGAAAUAAGUAUCUACGAUAUGUUCAUGAAAGGAAAAACUUGGUAUGAAGGAAAAUAUUUAGAGCUUAAUUAUUGUUCUGACUCCGACACUGAUUCGGAAUGACUUCAUCUUAAGUCAAACUGUACCCUUUUGUUUUGUUAACGUCAUGAAAACAAAUAAA